AAAUUGACUAUGAGACUCACUCAGUCUCUUUCAAGUUUCAGUGUUAAAUAGCGUUCUGUGUCGGAAGGUACAGCUCUUUAAGACAGUAAAUUAUUUUAUUAUAAAAUAAAUUUAAUAAAAACAGAUUGUUAUAUCGGUACAGCAUCUAGAACAUAAAUAUACAAUAUGUUUGCGGUGUUAAAAGUGUAUUUCAAGGAGUCUUAAUUAUUUUAAAUUAUAUUUCAGGAAGAAAAUCUAAAUGAUGGAGAAUGUUCAAGAAUCAGAAAACAAUGCAGCCAUAUCCAAAUCUACAUUUUCAAACAAAAACUGCAACAACAUUCAAGCAAUAAGGAGUUAUAGUUCAAAGUCCAUGCAUUCCGGAAGCAACUCAAGUGGUAGCAGCGGAUAUGGCGGCAAGAAGUUUACUUCUGGCUACGGCUACAAACCGGGUGGUAUAUUAAAUAAGAAGCAGGAUACGGAAAAUAAUGCCAAAGUUUCGGAUUCAGCAUAUUCUAACAGCUGUAGCAACAGCCAGUCUAGAAGAAGUUACAGCUCAAAAUCUAUGCAUUCUGGGAGCAACUCAAGUGCGAGCAGCGGGUAUGGUGGCAAACCGUCCACUUCUGGUUACAGCAGUCAUGCUAUUCAAAUGCCAGAAAAGAGAAUUAAAGAUAAAGAAGCGAAGAAAAAAAAGAAAAUUCAAAUCGUAUCAAAAGUAAAAAAAGAUAAAUAUGUAAUCAUUCAAAGUGUACCCGAACUGGAGCCCGUCUUCGAGACGCCGAAAGAAAAUACCAAUAAUGUUGUCCUGACGCCGCCGCCUGCUCUUGAGCUAGAAAAGAAAACGCCCGAGAUGAUAAUGGACAUUUCAAGUACGCUCAAAUGCAGCAUCAAGAAAGAGUGUGGUCCGUCUAACACUCCGGUUGUCACAGCAUUGAACUGCGUCACUCGUACAAGUCGUACAGAACAUUGCAUGGAUGGAUUUUCGUGUGUGAUAUCGAUGCAAGACGGUAUCGUGAUGUACACGACUACAUCGAUAACGACGGCUCUCGGAUUUCCCAAAGAUAUGUGGCUUGGCAGAUCGUUCAUAGACUUUGUGCACCCACGAGAUCGCAACACAUUCGCAUCUCAGAUAACGAGCGGCUUGACAAUUCCAAAAAAUGUAAACGGUACGCAAUUAAAAGUUCCAGCUCAAGGUAAUCAAACGUCGACCAUGGUUUGUCGGAUAAGAAAAUACAGAGGGCUCACGUCAGGAUUUAGAAUUAAAGAGAAGAUCGUGUCAUACAUGCCCUUUCUACUGAAAUUUUUCUUUAAAAAUAUAAGAGAUGAAGAAGGUCACGUCAUCUACCUAGUCAUACAGGCUACUCCAUUCUUUUCGGCAUUUAAAUCGGCGAAUGAAAUCAUUGUAAACGCAAAACCAUUCGUAAUAAGACAUUCGGCGACUGGAAGUCUAGACUAUAUAGAUACCGAAUCGGUACCAUACCUGGGCUACUUGCCUCAGGAUAUCGUUCAAAAGGAUGCGUUGCAGCUGUAUCAUCCAUCAGAUCUUGGUUAUUUGCGUCAAGUUUACGAGGCCAUUGUGAAGGAAGGCGUAGUGGAGCGCUCAAAGCCUUAUAGGAUGUUGACUCAAAAUGGGGAUUAUUUAAAAUUGGAAACUGAAUGGUCUUCUUUUAUUAACCCGUGGUCUAGAAAACUUGAAUUCGUAACGGGCAAACAUUUUAUAAUAGAGGGUCCGAGGAAUCCGGACGUCUUCCAGACAGUGGAAACGGAAAGAAUUGAUAAAAUACCAGACGAGGAACAAAAGAAAGCUCAACUUUUGAGACAAAAUAUAACUCGAGUAAUGAAUGAGGUUCUCACUAAGCCAGCGGAAGCUGCUAAGCAGCAAAUGGGGAAAAGGUGUCAGGAUUUAGCGUCGUUUAUGGAGAGCCUGUUGGAAGAAACACCGAAUAACAACAAUGACACGGAAUUGAAACUUGAAAUACAAGAUCCGGACAAUAGUUUCUAUGAGCGAGAUUCGGUGAUGCUUGGUGGUAUGUCGCCGCAUCACGAUUACAACGACAGCAAGUCAAGCACAGAGACUCCUAUUAGCUACAAUCAGCUCAAUUACAAUGAAACUCUUCAAAGGUAUUUUGAUAGUCACCAACCUUAUGAAGAAUAUCCUCUGGAUGAUAACAAACUAGAAUUAAGAGAAGCUGAGAAUAGUAAAUGCGCGUUACCAGCAGAACGAGAAAUUGAUGAAUUUGGCGAGAAAGGAAACCUGUUUGGGGCGAAUUCACUUCUUAUGACACAAUACAGUCAUCCCUUAGGCGACUACCAAGCCGUUCGGUUAACUGAGUCCCUGCUGAGCAAGCAUAACUCAGAAAUGGAAAAAGAAUUAGUCAAAAUGCACCGUGAUAACCGAAUUUAUAGCAAAAUCGAGAAAGAGAAAAUAUCAAACGAAAUGAAACAGAAAAAAAAGGAACAUCUAGCGAGAUGUAACGCCUACAUCCAACAAUCGAUCCUCGAAAAUUCAGAACAAAAGGCGCAAGGUGUAAAGCGUUCAUCCAAGCAGUUAGAAGAAGGGACUGCGCACAAACACAGAUGUUCGUCUGCGAGAUUAAUAAGACAGAAGCAGAUAGCGAGGGCCGCAAAUACGCCGUCCACGCCGACGCCGACAAUGGGAGUAAUUCCGAUGUUUUAUACUCCAGCGCCAAUACACCAUGCCACUAUGACAUCACAGGAAUAUCAUUUAAGCCGGACUUCACCACAUAUGCCAGGACAUCCAAUUACAGAUCGAAUGACACCGCAUACUAGUAUGAGUGGUGCUCAUUACCAAGGACACAGAAAUGAAGCUGAGGUACUAUUUAAAAUGAACACUAAGUGUAGUACUUCAACUUCACCUUCACCAAGUACUCAUGUUACAGCUCCGUAUCAACCACACCAAAUGCCUUAUUUGAUGUUUGGUCAGGCUGUCUACGCACCGCCUUUCAUGUAUUCGUCCAUCGAUCCUCAAAUUUCAUAUACCCUGCAACAAAGCUUCGUUCCACAAAUACCGAACAUACAUUCUUUAGGAAUUUCAACUCAAAAUUAUGAAGAGGCGUGUAGAUUGACUUUACUACCGAAGACUGCCAAAUCAUUCAAUUACCUUACAAGGAAGAGGGAGAAGAUAAUCGAAAAAAAUAUAUUUCAAGCAUGUGAUGUCAGUAUCUAUUCUGCUGAGGCUUCGAUCCGGAGCACAGAAGCUAUCAUUGAAAACCGUAAUAAGAGGAAGCUGCGACUGGGCAACAGUGACGGUACGAACGAAAAGACCGACGAAGAGUCCAGUUAUUCUUCAUUUUAUUCGUCAUUCUUCAAGACUGAUUCUGGUAGUAACGAGGAAAGCGAUGGAAAAAAUACGAAUACUGGAGAAGGAAAAUGCUGGCGUAAACCAAAUCAAAGUGGGGAUGCAAUGUCAUUUCAGAGUUAUGAAAUGGUUAAUAGUGAGACAAAGGAUAAGAUCGCGCAUAGAAGGAAUAUUGAACCGCCAUGGAUGAAACAAAACCCAAAGCCAGUCGGGAAUAUGGACCGUUUGUUGGUACGUGUCACUUCGGAACUUAUUUACAAAUAUCAAAUACUCACCAAAGACGUGGAUGAGGUUCUGAGUUGUGAUAAGAAAAAGUUAGAAAAAUUAGAACAACCUUCAUUAGUAAACGAACAACUUGACCAAUUAUACUUGGAUCUUCAGUUACAAGGAGUAGCUGCGAAACUAACUCUUGAGGAGGGCAUCACUAGUUCCAGCAGUUCUGGUGAAGAAUCGUAUGUCACCACAAAAACAAAGAUUCGCCGCCGAAAGCGAGAGUAUAGCAAAUUAGUAAUGAUUUAUGAAGAGGACGCCCCCCUCCCGCCUCCAGACGAGGAAGACGUUCCUUUUAGUGCGUAGUGUUACAAAAGAAAUUUAGUUAGUAUUUAAUUUAAAUUAAAAAUACUUAUUGUAGUUAUUUAAUAUAUAAUAGUAUUUGUAAAUAUGAAUGCCCUUCAGAGGCAUUAACAGCACAAUAUUGUCAUGCCAAAGUUACAUUGCACGUUCGUGUUUUUGUAUAGGUAAUUUUAGUAAUAAUAAAUUCGAUAUAGAUGAACAAAAUAGUCGUGUGCAUUAUUUAAUAUAAAAUAUAAUUAUUAAUAGAACUAGAGCUAAGUUAUAUAAUUAGAAUCCGUGCCGGUAGCGUGAUUGCUCAUGGGAUAUGUAGGAUGAACAAUCCAUCAUCGACAUUUAUUAAUAAUAAUCUAUAUUUGUUACAAUCAUUUUAAAUUACCUAAAUAAUCUCUAAUUAUAUCCCGGGGUACAUGUAUAAGUUUCAUCAUAAAGUGUUGUAUACGCUUACUUGUUUUUUAUUUCUAAGCGAUCUUACUCACUCUAAUAUUUUAACUAUUUUUUUUUUUUUUUAUCUAUAAAAUAUUGGUGUUGUAUACAAAUUAUUUUAUAACGUUUUUGUUUUAGAUACGUUAUGAUAUUGAUGAUUUAUCUGUAUGUAAUAGAGCUAUUGACUUCUGAUAUAUAAGUGUAUGUUGUCCAUAAAUCAUAAAGGGAGUGAUAUACUAGUGUCGUUAUUGAAUCGUUUAUAGAUUGGUGAUUUUAUAUUAUAAGUUAUUAUAAUAAAUAACUCGCAUGAAGUAAAGUGCUAAAUCUCAUUCAAUUUAACAUACAGUCUAAUUUUUAUACGUUCCGUUGCCGUCUCAUGCCAAACUGUUUCAAGAUAAUAAUUGUUUAAGCAUUCCAUAUAUAUAUAAAUAUACAAAAAAAAAUAAAUAUACAAAUUGUAAAUAGUUCAAUAUUAUAUACACUUUGAUAAUAAUAAUGAAUGUUUGUAAAUUAUAUAUUUUAAUAUCUAUAUUUGUAUUAUGAAGUGAAGAGCUUGGGAUUGGUAAUCCAAUUUAGCAAAGAAAAUGUUAUAUGUCGAAUGAUCGUGGAUGAUACCGCGGAGCACACCUAGUUUUAUAAGAAUUUAAGAUAAGGAGUAUGUUAGAGGUCUGUGAUAUAAUGUUUUCAUUAUUAUUGAACAAAAUUUAUUGAUUACUUAGGUAUUAUCUAAGAAAGAAACCAUUUUCUAUAAUAUAUUAAAAAUGGUUUUAAAUUUUUUAGCUUCAAACUUAGAUAACACCGAUAACCAAAUCUAGCGGCUUCAACUAAAAAUGUUUUUUAGUUUGGGCGUAUAUUUUUUUAGAAAAUAUUUGCACGUAAACAUUAAACAUUAUACGAUAUUUAUGUACCUAUGCAUAAAAAAAAACUUAUUUCAAAAUGAAGUACAACCUUUAAUUUAGCAUAAGUCUUGGAACGUAUAAACGAGCAUUUUAUUUUGCAGUAAAACGCAAUUGUUAGGUAUAUUAAUAAUAAAUUAUUAUUAAAUAAAAGUCAAUAUAUUAGUUUUUUUAUAUUA